GCCGUUCGGCGUAAGGUCGAGCGGUAGUAACACGUCGACUCUGCAUGAGCAAGCAGUGUGUCUCGGAGAUAUUUUCAAGCUUUUCAAAGGGUCUACACACACUACGAUUUGACAGAAGCGAAGCGGCCGACAACGAAUAUGAGAAUCAGAACGUUCCUGAUCACCGUGAUUCUGGUUUUAUUUGUUUUCGCAGACACAGAUGGCCGUAAAACCAGCGGACGAAGGAGCAGUAGUGGAGGAUGGACCUCUUCUCGACAAAGAGGAGGUUCUACGAGAACGACUCAACGACCUCGAGCAACACAGAGUCCGACCAGUAGAAUAGGAUGGAACGUGCCGCCAAACAACAACAAUAAAGCACCAUCUAGCACCAACAGUGCCAAACCAUCGGCUCCGGUAUCCGAACAUGCUUCCAAAACCAGCGCGACGAAUGUGCAAUCGGGAUAUCCGUCGGCGAAUAAUAAUCCGCCACCAUACACUCCAUCGGGUGGAUAUCCUCGGCAGCCAGCCAGCAAUCCUUACGGAGGCGCGGGUCACCCACCCAACCAGGGAUACCCGUCCCCCAACAUGAACCCCUCGUAUCCCGGUUACGGUGGUCACUCGCCCUACGGCCAGGCAUACAAUCCAUCUAUGCAUCACAACGCACCACCAGCCUACAGUCCACCUUACGGCGGCCACUCCUACGGCGGUGGUGGUUUCCCGCAGCAAUCGUUCGGUCAACCGUCCUACGCCCAGCCGUCCUACGUUCAACCGGCCAUCGCGCAAGCGCCGGCGCUCACCGUGUUACAACCGAGCCGACCUGGCAUCGGUCAGCUGGCCAAGGAAGCCCUGGUUUACUCCAGCGUGAGCGCGGGCGUGAGCGCGGCCGUCAACAGGCUACUUCCGGGUGGCAUCUACGGCCAUAGUCCGGGAUACGGCGGCAGCAGCAGCAGCCCCGCCGGUAGCAGCCGCACCGAGAUCACGUACAAUAAUUAUUAUUACAAUCAGUCGGCGCCCGCUAACGGGGAAACGCCCGCGGCGGCGUCCGCGGCGGCACCGGCGAACAAUAACGCACCUGCUGCCGCCAACGCGCCCGGUUCCGCGGCGCCCGGCGUUCAGCCGCCGCCGGAAGCGGACAAUAAGAAGGCCGAGGCCAACGCGCCUAGCAAUGCCGGAAACCCGCCCAAUCCGCCGCCGAGCGGCGAGCCGAGCAAGCCGAAUUAUCCGAUCUCCAAUGAGGAGGUGAAGAAACUGUCGGAAAGCCUCUUCGAGGCGGACAAGAACAACGCGUAUAAAUACGUCACCGUGAAUCUGCAGGGCGAGACGAAGGAAGACGGCACUUCGGAUGACGCUUCUCUGCCCCUGCUGGACGUCAAACCGGAAGCGUAUGAAAUCCCGACGAUCAAAAGCGUGCUGGCGUUGCACGAUAAUUACGAGAUAGACGUUAAAAUGAAGGAAACCGUCACGUCCGAGGAGCGUAAGGAGGAAAACGAGUUGCUCGACAGGUUCUUGGAGACCGACGUGUUUAAAGCGGCGAUGAAGUUCCUAGUUGACAAGGGAUUCGUCCCGAACGACGAGUACGAGUUCAAGGACACUCUGAAACGUAUCUGGUUCUCGCAGUUCCAACGGGUUGAGGGAGAGCCAUCGAGUUCCGGCUUCGAGGCGGUAUUCCUCGCAGAAAAGCUCGAUUCCUACAUGAUCGGGCCGCAGAAUUGGAUUUACUUUGCCAAGCAGGAAGCACAAAAGAAUAUCGACUACAAAGGAUACAUAAAGGACAUCAAACUGGGAGAUAAAGGAGAGGCUAUCAAGAUACGUUCGGCGUUUAAUAUACCAGACACGAAACAUUCGGUCACGACCCUCCUCGUAGGACUCUCACCCGAGUUGGAGAUGGCUCUUUACACAAUGUGCUUCUACUUGCGCCCGAACGACGUUUGUCCGAUUUCAUUAGGCGGAAAAGACAUCAAUCUAGUUUCUACCGGAUUCAACUACUACGGCAAAGACAUUUUGAUUGCCGGCUUUAUCGCGGGAUGAUUAAAAUCCUUUUGAGAUUUUUUAUAAGUUGCACGAUUUAAAUCAAAUAGAUAUUCAAGAAAAUGUUCGAAUAAUUAUUUUACAUCUGGUUAACUCGUAAAUCAAAAUUUUUAUGAUUAUUAUGAUAUUGCUUUUAGUUUAAUAUAAUAUAUAUGUUAUAUUUGUUCAGCAUGAUAUUGAAAAGUUUCUCAUAUCUUCAUAUCUAUGCAUCGAAUCUGUAUGAAUUUAUUUUGGCGCAGAACCAUGCGUGAUCUCUCUCUCUUUUUCUUUCAUUGCUCAUAAACUUAUCUUUGUAAUAAAAUUGAAAAGAGUAUUAUAAUGUGUACCUCAGGUAUCCUGAUGUUCCUUUUCUCCAGUUCCGCAAAUUCCAUCACGGGUAUUAUAGUCGGUCGUCCAUGUGCACAUCGAUUAGGAAAUUUCGUAUGCUUUAAUAAUUUUAUAAGAUUUGUACACUGAUCCAGAGUUAAUUUAUGGCCGAAUUUGAUGGCACCUGAAUUUGAUGGAAAAAGUUUCAAGAAAUUAGUGAAACAAAAGAAGAAAAAAAUUUGUAAAAUAACUAAAUACAUCCAUGAUGUGAUGUUCCAAAUUAUAGGGUAUGAAUCUUUGUUGUAAUAAAAACAAUAUGUAUGUGUAUAUGACAAUUAUAAAAAUUUUAUGAAAUAAUAUUUGUGUACCAUGACAAGCCUCGGAUGCUAUCGCAUUGUAGAUAGUCGAUGGUAAUUCAUUUGUUCGAUUUAAUGUACUAAAGUUUUUUAAUAUGUCAUUGAAUAGAUCAUAAAUCUUUGGCAAUAACUUUUCACCGUCAGAGGGAUAGUUAUUCGUAAUUAGACACUGCGGUAUUGUGCGUAUCAAUAGCAUGCCUUCCUUUGACGAUCCUAGAUUUAAGCCAUAUUUCUUCAAUAAUAUUUUAUUGUGCAGGAAUAAAUGACACGUUUCUGUAGGAAAUUUUAUGGCCAGAGGAUCACGCAAAUUAACAGAGACCAACUCGCUCUCGUUCUGCGCUUUGUAUUCUAAAUAAUAAUAAUAAUAAUAAUAAUAAUAAUAAU